GCGCCUCGGUGGCCUUGAAUGGAGUGUAGCCGCUGGAGAAGCGCCGCGCUGAGAGAGAGAGAGAGAGCAGCUCAGCGAGGGGGACCGGGACCGAUAGCUGAAGCGGAGGAGACGCGGGGCUGCAGCCGGAGAGAAGCCGAGAACACGAGCGUGCAGGACGGGCGAGCGCUGUGAUAUAACACACGCACAUUAAUUAAUUUAGCUGGCUGGCCGGGAAGAGAUGGCGGAGGUUAGCGAGGUGCUGAUGUCAGUCCUGUCCACAGUCCGGGUUCCCAGGCCCGGGGACCGGGUCCACAAGGAUGAGUGCGCCUUCUCCUUCGCUUCUCCGGAGAGUGAGGGAGGCUUGUACGUCUGCAUGAACAGUUUCCUCGGAUUCGGGAGUCAGUUUGUGGAGAGACACCACGCCCGGACUGGACAGAAAGCCUAUCUGCACAUCACUCGUACCAGAAAGGCUCAGAAAGAAGAUGACAACAAUUCUGCGUCAGGUGACCCUCCCAAGAAGAAGCCCACUCGACUGGCCAUAGGCAUCGAGGGCGGGUUCGACGUGGAGCAGGAUCAGUAUGAGGAAGACGUCAAGGUUGUUCUUUUUCCUGACAGACAGGAAGUGACAUCAGAGGACCUCUCCACCAUGCCUGACGUUGCGAGAGAGCGGGUGUCUCUGUCGAUGGCGGGGUUGCUGGCUGCAGACUCUGUGUCGCACGCUCUGCAGGUGCAGCAGUGGGAUGGAGAAGUGCGGCAGGAGUCCAAACACGCAGCUGAGCUCAAACAGCUCGACAACGGGCUUAAAAUCCCUCCCAGUGGGUGGAAGUGUGAGGUGUGUGAACUGCAGGAGAACCUGUGGAUGAAUCUGACAGACGGAAAGGUCAUGUGUGGGCGGCGAUAUUUUGAUGGCUCUGGAGGCAACAACCACGCCCUUCUGUACUUCCAACAGACUGGAUACCCUCUGGCUGUUAAACUGGGCACCAUUACCCCUGAUGGAGCUGAUGUCUAUUCAUAUGAUGAAGACGACAUGGUGCUGGACUCGAAGCUCGCGGAGCACCUUUCUCACUUCGGCAUUGAUAUGAUGACCAUGGAGAAGACGGAGCACACUAUGACGGAGCUGGAGAUUGCAGUAAACCAGCGCGUGGGUGAGUGGGAGGUGAUCCAGGAGUCCGGGGCCACUCUGAGGCCGCUUUGGGGCCCCGGGCUCACGGGUAUGAAGAACCUGGGCAACAGCUGCUACCUCAACUCCGUCAUGCAAGUGCUCUUCACCAUCCCCGACUUCCAGGAAAAGUACGUCUCCAACAUCGAAAAGAUUUUAGAUGAAGCUCCAAGUGACCCCACACAGGACUUUAAAACACAAGUAGCAAAACUGGGCUAUGGUUUGCUGUCGGGAGAAUACUCCAAGCCUGCUCCUGACCCGGGGGAUGACCCCAAUGCCUCCUCCGAACCAAGGGGUGACCAGGUUGGAAUAGCACCGCGCAUGUUCAAAGCCCUCGUGGGGCGAGGCCACCCUGAAUUUUCCACCAAUCGGCAGCAAGAUGCCCAGGAGUUCCUUCUUCACUUCAUUAAUAUGGUGGAGCGGAACUGCCGAUCCGGUCCAAACCCAUCUGAAGCAUUCCGGUUCCUGGUGGAGGAGAGGAUUGUAUGCCAGCAGUCUCAGAAGGCCAAGUACACCCAGCGAGUGGACUACAUCGUUCAGUUGCCUGUGCCCAUGGACCAGGCCACCAACACAGAGGAAUUACAGGAGGCUGAGCGUUUGCGUGAGGAGGCAGAAGCGUCUGGAAGUCCUCCUCCUCCUGCUCCUCGAGCUCAGAUCCCCUUCUCUGUCUGCUUAGACGCUCUGAGCGAACCAGAAACGCUCACAGACUUCUGGAGCUCUGCAGUGCAGGGCAAGACCACUGCCACUAAGACCACACGCUUUGCUUCGUUCCCAGACUAUCUGGUAAUCCAAAUAAAGAAGUUUACUUUUGGCCUGGACUGGGUGCCCAAAAAACUGGAUGUUAGUAUCGACGUUCCUGACACACUGGACCUGAGCACACUUCGUGGGACCGGACAGCAGCCGGGGGAGGAGCUUCUGCCAGAGGUGGCCCCGCCCCCUCUCAUGACCCCUGACGUGGAGGUCAAAGGUAUCCUGGGUUCCCACGGCAACGAGGAGGACGACUCUCUCUACUCCCCACUGCUGUCUCCGGUGUUGGACGACUCCACCGUGUCUCAGCUGUGUGAGAUGGGCUUCCCUCUCGAGGCCUGCAGGAAGGCUGUGUACUACACGGGCAACACUGGCAUCGACGCCGCCAUGAACUGGGUGAUGGGACACAUGGACGAUCCAGAUUUCUCCGCUCCCCUGGUGUUGCCUGGCUGUAGCUCCGCCCCUGGAACCACGCCCACAGAAAGCAUCUCUGAAGAGCAUCUGGCGACCAUCGUCUCGAUGGGAUUCAGUCGAGAUCAGGCUACGCGUGCUCUCAGAGCUACGAGUAACAUCCUGGAGCGUGCAGUGGACUGGAUCUUCUCUCACCUGGAUGACCUGGAGUCUAUGGAGGUGUCAGAAGGGGGCCGCUCAGAGGCCGGCAGUGAAGCUAGUCGUGACCCUCCCCCCGGACCACGUGUCCGAGACGGACAAGGAAAGUACGAGCUGUUCGCGUUUAUCAGUCACAUGGGCACGAGCACAAUGUGCGGUCACUACGUCUGCCACAUCAAAAAGGACCAACAGUGGGUAAUCUUUAACGAUCAAAAAGUGUGUGCCUCUGAGAAACCCCCCAAGGACCUGGGCUACCUGUACUUCUACAGGAGAGUGACGGAAUAGAAGACAUACACACACACACAUAUACACACCCACACACACACACACGCACACACACACACCUCUGUCUUAGCUGCUGAGGGGGGCUGGGGUGGGGGCGUACUCAAGCUUCUGAACUGACACACCUUUAUUUUUAUUUUCUACUCUGGUUUUGGAGGAGUUUAAGCACUUCUUCCUUGCAGAAAUACCCACUGCCGGGCAGAGGAGGGGACCUGACGUGGAGUGAUCGACGGGGACUGGGGGGCGGGGCUGGGAAGGAGGUGUUUCUCGGGUGGGCGGAGUCAUUGAAAAGAGAACUGUGAACUGUAGACCCCUGCACUGCAUAUGUCACCGUGUUAAAUACGGGCAGUAGGAUUUAUUUCUGUUUAUGGGAACUGUAUUAGGAAAAGUCAAUCCAUUCAAAUGUACAGUAAUACUGCUGAUUGUUGCUCUGCUUGUAUAUUAAUAGGAGAAGGACAUAAUCUCAACUUUCAUUGGAAGUAAAUGUAAAAAUAAAAUAGUCCAAGUAAUUGUGGAGCAGUCCUAUUGGUCCAUUAAUUAAUUAAAGUUUUGAACAGAUCAUUGGUUAAAUUAUACUAAAAAAAAAGACAAGUUUAUUUCAGCAGUGUAUCUGAAAUGCAGAAACUAAAUUCCAAAUUGUCAAUCACACUCCAAUGUAUCAUUUUUGCAGUGUAAGGGUCAUCCCAGUGGACAGUUCUCCCUCCAGAAAAGCAUUAUCCGCCUAACCGAGGACCCCGCCCCGCGUUGUCCCCAGCGUUAGCCACUAGCGCAGGUGAAGCCCACCUGAACGCAGCCUACCUGCAUGCCCCUCCCUCCUCCACCUGCUCCUGCAGUGCUUAUUGUUGUGAGGUCAUCACUUCCAGAGCCACGCUCUAAUUCAUUUCCUGCUCUCCCGUUUGUCCCGAAUCCACGAUUUCCGUAAAAAGUUUGAUGGCUGGAAUCACUUAAUCACAUACGACUCAAACCCACAAACGCUGCGAACGAAAGCAGGUCGCGAAACGCAAAACCGAAAGCGGAACAGAACCGGUUCUCCCGGCCGGUGCUGCAGAGGGGGGGUGGCUGAGGUUCUGUUGUGUUUUUCUCCUUUUUUGGGGAAAUUUAAUUCAUUUUGUUCUGCUUUGAAAAAAAAAAAGAAAUAAAAGCUGUCUCUUU